UCCAGCACCAUGUCCGCUAAACAAUUAGGUGAUGCCAGUGAUGCUCCGUCUCAGAAAGAUAUAGGUAAGCUGCUUCUGGAAUCUCAAGAGCUGAUGUUUAAUAGGCUUGAAGGCCUACUUUCGAACGUGCUCAUUGAAUCACAGGCGAAACUAGUUGAAUCCCUAACUAGAGUUUUAGAGUCUCAAUUUUCUAAACUAUUAGAAUCCCAAACUAAACAUUUAGAAUUUCAAGAAAACACUCAACCCCAAGUGUCAGAGAUAGUAAGAAGAAGCAUCAGUGAUACUGCAGGGGAUGAAUACUUCGAAGAAGAAAAAGAAGAAGGUAACCAUACCCUUUUGUUUGAUUACAUAGCAGAAGAGGAUGAUGGAGUGGCAAUAUUCAUUGAGGAUGGCACCUGUUACGAACUCGUGGAUGCAGUGACGAAAAACAACUGGGAAGCAGCAAAAAGGAUUUACGAGGCGGAUCCUGAAGCUAUUAAUCGAGGGCUCACAAAUAUCUCAUCUACAAUGCUGCAUUUAGCUGUAGGUUAUAAUGCAAGUAUGACUUUCGUGGAGGAAGUUGUGAAACGCAUGACACCAACCGCGGUUGCAUAUAGAUCAACCGAGUGUGGGGACACAGCACUUCAUACUGCUGGCUUUUACUAUGGGCGAACUGAAGCUGCUAAACUGAUGGUAAAUAAAAAUCCUACGUUGACUCAGAUACGUAAUAAGGAAGGACUGGUACCACUCGAAUAUGCUUUGCAUUAUCUUACAAUCGGUCAGAAAGAGAUAGUUGAGUAUCUUUACUCUGUAACCCAAGAUAUAGACCCAAGUCCGUUCGUGGGCCAUGAUGGUGCUAGGUUAUUAUGCACUGCGAUUGAUGCCAAUUUCUACGGUAUGGCACUCUCUCUUGUGGAACGGUUUCCAAAAUUAGUUAUGGAGAAAUCAUUAGUACACGGUAUGUGUGCAUUAGAGUUAUUGGCUCAAAGGCCUUUCACAUUUCGGAGCGGAGCUAAGCUGACAUGGUGGCAGAACUGCAUGUAUUCAAUUAUCCAAGUGGAUCAUGUAGGCAACGAUGACACGGAAAACGAAUGGGACGAAGAGAGCGAAUGGGACGAAGAGACCCUUUCAGAAAACUCAGGAGGCACCAAAGCAGUUGAAGGGUUAAUUAGUUCAUCACAGAGAAAAGUUACACGAAUAGUAACUAAUUUGUUUUCAUCGUGUCUCAAGCCUUGGUUAACACGAGCGCUUCCUAUCAAGAAUCUGCAAAACCAAAAAUUGAUGCAUCAACAAACUACAGCACUGCUUAAACAAAUGCUCGUGAAAAUCCUUAAAGUAACACGCAACAGGUCGGAGAUACUUGAUUUUCUGAAAGAUAACCCUAAUAUCAUGAAGACUGCUAUAAAGCAUGGAAUCACAGAAUUCAUGGUGGAGAGUCUAGAACAGUUCAAUUUCUUCUUGACUUACUAUAGGUUACCAGAACACAACGUCUUAGAAAUGGCUGUUGCGGAACGGAAUGAACUGAUAGUGAAUCUCAUAUGUGAAAGCACUAACGACAAAAACGAUCUGGUAUCUAAAACAGAUAAUGACGGGAACACAAUCUUGCAUCACGCUGCCAAGUUAGCACGUCCCUCUCAACUCAAUUCCAUCCCAGGUGUAGCUAUUCAGAUGCAACGGGAAUUGCACUGGUUUAAGGGAGUAGAAAGCAUUAUGUCAGAAAAUGAUAAAUUUAAGAGAAACAAAAAAGGGGAAACAGCUCAUUUUCUCUUCACCGAAGAACACAAAAAAUUGGUCAAAGAAGGUGAAGAUUGGAUGAAAGAUACCUCUGGAUCGUGCAUGAUAGUUACGGCCCUCAUCGCGACUGUAGCAUUUGCAGCUGCCUUUACCGUACCUGGAGGCAAUAUUAGUGACAGUAACAGCACUAAGAACGGUACCCCGGUGUUCUUGGGACAAGCCUCAUUUACAGUGUUUGUUGUAGCAGACGCCUUAGCUUUAACCUCUUCCGUAACAUCAGUACUCAUGUUCUUAGCUAUAUACACUUCAAGAUAUGCAGAAACAGAUUUCCUCAAGUCCCUACCGCGAAAGUUAAUUAUUGGUCUUGCAACUUUAUUCAUAUCUAUGGCUGCAAUAUUAGUAGCUUUUUGUGCCUCACUCUUCAUCGUGGUUGAAGACAAAUAUCCCCAGGGUCUAAUUCCCAUAACGUUGUUUGGUUGUGCUCCUGCGGCUUUGUUUGCAUGGCUGCAAUUGCCAUUGUUUUACGAAAUGGUUCGUUCUACAUACUGGGGCGGCGUCCUUGGAAACCAUAGAUAUAUGGAUCCUAGAUUUGAGAAGAAAAACAACAAGAAGAAAGAAAGUAUACUAAGCCGAGUUAAAAAAUUCAUCACAUCGUUCCGUCAAUAACGAAUUGAAAGGGUGUGUUCGCCCUGAAUAUUAGUUUAUUUGUUUUUCCUAAAAUUGCGUAUUUUACUUAUUGUUGUUGUUUAUUACUCCUUCCGUCUUAAAUUAUUAGUCCCCUUUGACUAAAUUAAGAUAUUAAGGAGA